GGUGGAGGAGGGACCUGGAAGUUUCUGUGUGAAGAAAUGAGUUUGUGUGAUUUAUUGUGAAUCACACACCGAUUCCUCUGGUUUGGGUCCAUGUUUCUCUUGAAGUUUGCCCUCUUUAUUCCACAGUGACCCCUCCCUGUCUUCUCUGAACAGGGGUAUGGACACACAGCGGCGUGUUUGUAACGGUGUGUGGAUGUGUGUGUGGAGACAUGUAGCUGGGGAUGGAUGCAGACACUAACAGUUAGGUACGCAGGGUGUCGACAGGUGACCGACAUUCACCCAAGUAAACCAGGCUACACCUCGACGGGGCUUUCGUCGAACCUCCAGCCGACCACCUUCUCGGAUUGACCCGCUUCGGACGUCUCCACCGCCGGACUCCUCUUCUGAGUUCACCCCGGGGGAAGAAAUGUCGGAGGAAAAAACGGAUAUUCCGAACGAUCUGCUCGGUGAGAAACGAUCACUGUGAACUUCUUAACUCAACACCAACAGGCUGGGGUUUCUGGGAAAGAUUUAAAAAGUUCAAAGUUUGUUUUAAAUCGAUGUUAAAGUCUUUAAAACUAUGAAAACUCGUGCAUGAAGAAAAGGUUGAAUUACCCUGAUAACAUGUGGCCUUACACUAGACUUAAUCUUUAAUCUGAAGUCGCUUUUAUUAAGUCUUCUGUCAUGAAGUUGUUUGAAUGUUCCAGAAAUACAGAUAAAGUGAUAAAUAUUCAUAAAACUGACCAGAUUAAGAAGAUAACAUCUCUUAGAAAGGUUUAAAACGUUUACAAAGGAGGAAAAAACACUUUAAUCCAACUAACUAAAGUGAGAACAAACUUCUUAUUGUUCAGUAAGUUUCACUUUAACACUCAUUUCUGCUUUUUGAAUUAUUGUCUUUGGAUCGAGUUUGGUUUCACUACAUGACUGUUCCUGCUCAAACGUUGAGUUAAAUGAAGCUUUUCUUGUGUUUUUGUUCCUGUAUUUCACUCUAAAGUUGUUUUCAUGCCUUCAGGGCUUGGUUGGUUGGAGCUACCUGAGAGUUCAGCUCUGUCACUUCCUUAUCUGAAGUGGGGGAGAGGGAAAGCUUUGGGAGAGGGGUGUGUCCUGCGAAAUUCCUUUGGAUCCUGAGAUGUUAUCAACACACACACACACACACACACACACACACACACACACACACACACACACUCACACACUGACUGAGAAGAAAACCAUAAAUCUGCGCAAUCACGCUGAUGAAAGUGCUCUUUACUGUGGACUCUCAGGAAAAUGAUAUUUUUGGGACACACAUCCAGCAUUUUGUUAUUUUUGUAGUUUUCCUUCUGACGCUAUUUUUGAUUUGUACAAAAACAUAAUAAACCACAAAAUGAGAAAAGCAGAAGAAAGAAGAAAAAAACAACUUAAAAAUAGAGCAAAACAAACCAUUAGUCCCAGUCUGUGGAGAAAACUCAGUCCUCUGUGUUUUCUAAGAACGGUGUUAUUUUACGGUGAUGGAGGAACAGAAGAGCUGAAAUCUGUGUUGAGACUUGAUCACUGAAACGGUCCUGUUGAGCAGUAACGGCGUAAACUGGACAUGUCUCUUCUACAAACUCAACUCUAAGACUUUAAUCACAUGAAAUCAAACUAAGGUAAUGAAUCGACGCUGGACUUUCAUAAGAACUCAGGGGCUUUCAGACUGACUCACCACCCCGUGCUCUCUGUUACGGUGUCUGUCAUGUUGUGGUUAAUGAAUGGGCCUUUUUGUUGGCGGCUCCUGCUGUUAGUCUUAAUGAGACCGGAGCGACCUGAUGCUGCUCAUCAGCUGCGCUCAGAAACUAUCCGAGGAAAUUAAAGAGGCUGGUCUUUGUGUGGACCCGGCAUGAGCGCAGAAUGAAGUCAAGACCUCUAAAACUGGACACGAACCGGAGAGUGAGAAUCAGUGAUAGACAGAAAGUUCUGCUGUGUCUGAAAAGCCAAGGGACAGGAGGAGCAUGAAGACCGAGUUAGACCCCCCCUCCAGAGAUGAAUGUUGUCGACCGCUUGCUUCUCUAGUUAUACCAACUUUAGUAACGACCGCAGGAUAGAAAUACAGAGAGCCACGCCCUCAAACAAAACGCCACUCUAUAGCCACAAAUAAUGCUCAGAACAGCACCUAACUUCAUCAACAGGACAUAUAGGGUCACAGACAUAGUACUAGACACCAAACAUCUUUUUAACUUUGACUCAUUUCUUUAGCAAAGAGACUAAACACAACUCACCUACUCUCUUCCAGCAGACGCUUGUUUAUAGAGAGACCUCAGGCCAGUCCAUUACGGACUACAGCGGAGUUUCACAGCUCAAGGAAGAACAUUUAUGAUCAUUUCUUCAUGGAAAUACAAUCAGACCGAGACGCUAAGACAGAAGAACUACCGCGUCUGUAAAAUGAUUAAUAUGAUGAUUAUUACUUCAUGAAUGUUCUUCCUUGAGCUGCGACACCCCGCUGUAGUCUGUAAUGGACUGGCCUGAGGUCUUUCUACAAACAAGCGUCUGCUGGAAGAGAGUAGGUGAGUUGUGUUUAGUCUCUUUGCUAAAGAAAUGAGUCAAAGUUAAAAAGAUGUUUGGUGUCUAGUACUAUGUCUGUGACCCUAUAUGUCCUGUUGAUGAAGUUAGGUGCUGUUCUGAGCAUUAUUUGUGGCUAUAGAGUGGCGUUUUGGUUGGGGGCGUGGCUCUCUGUAUUGCUAUCCUGCGGUCGUUACUAAAGUUGGUAUAACUAGAGAAGCAAGCAGAGGGGGGGUCUAACUCGGUGUUAUGGUGGGUUUGACCAUAAAUUAAUUUUUCGCUGGAAUUUCCCUUUAAAGUCAGGCUUUAGUAAACCAAAAGUGGAGAGAGUAAAGAGUGAAGAGUUUUGAUGAUUUUUGCUUUAACUGAGCAGCUCUGUUUCCUGUUUUUGUUGGAUUUUGAAGAUUUGACUUUAUUACAGGAUGAGAGGUUUGAACGCGGCCUGAACAGAGUGUGAAUCCUCUGAAUCUAACAUGUUAUGGGUUGUUACAGCAGAGUACGGAGGCGUCUGGAAACCCUGGACUCAUCUGUGAGUGAGCUGGAUGGAGGGAGAAGUCCAUGUGUUUCUGAUCAGGCUGCACGCUGCUGUAAUGUUUUCAUUGUCCACAUGACCUCAUCAUGUGUCUGUGCACAGAGAGGAGGAGGACACCCUGAUGUCAUGAAGGCGGGCCCAGACUCUCAUUAGUCCUCUCUUCCAGCAGACUCUCACACUGUUUGUUGAUGUUGUAUUUUACCCUCACUUCACCUCCUUCUCUUCCCCCCCGAUCUUAAAACCUUCUCCUCCCUCCGCCGCUCUUCUCCCUCUGACUCUGGAUUUUCCCACCACUCAAAAAAAACAGAUGAAGUUCAGACCUUCUGCUCGGUGAAAAAAGAGCCAAAUGAGAUUCAAACCCUUCCUGACAGAAACACAACCUUUAUAUUUGGUUCCACCUGAACCUUCAUCAGCGUUAUGGAGAUCCUGACCAGGUUCAUCAGCUGAGAAGGACCUGAAGCUGCAGGUUCAGGCGGUCUCAUCUCCUUUGGUUACGUGUGGGUUGGUUCUCUUAACCAUCAGGUGUCUCUCUGUUUCAGAGAGUGUACGGGAGGCGGUGGGCCGGAGGGUGAAGCUGACCCUGAGGCGAAAAGUCCAGCUGGAGGUCAAAGGUGACAAAGUGGAGAACAGAGUGCUGGUAGGUCUCAACGAUCCCUCUUAUUUUACGAGUGUUUCAGCUCUCUCUGGUUUCUGUUUGAACAUGUUUUUAGACGUACUUUCCAACUUCUCUGAACAACAAUCGUGAGACCUAGCUUAAACCUGACGUCAGGACCAGCCUGUGCAGCCUGCCUCAAGUGGACACUCAAGGAACUGCAGCUUUUAGCGCAUGAGUGUCUGAAUUUCCCAUUUUGUACGGGACUGUUUUCAUCCAAAGAAGGUUAAAUAAACAGACAGGAAGUGAGUGUUUGUCAAAGUCAGCAGAUUUAAACUCUUGUAAGAGUUUGUGUUGAGGUCUGAGGCUGCGUUAACGCUGCAGGUUCUGAUGCUCAAUUCGGAUUUUUUGUUAAAUCCGAUCUUUUUGUGCGGUCGUUCACAUUACAACAACAACGAUCAUCUAAUGUGAACGUGAAGUGACCCUCACAAAGCACAAAUAUCUUCCCGCGUCUGUUUGUGUUGAACAAUGGUGACGUUUGUCUCAUAUUGAUGACGUAAAGGUCGAUGAACGUGACCUGAGCGUCCACACUGCAGUCACAUCAGAUACAUAUCUGAUUUAUAUCCACAUACAGAAGAGGGUCGGAUCAGAACCAAUCAGAACUGACCUGUUCACACUUAGAUGAAAACAUCAGAUAUGAGUCACAGAUGGUUAAAACAUCAGAAUGACCUUCAGUCUGAACGUAGACUUGGUAUCUGGGUUCUGGUGCUCUUCUGGGCUCCUGGUUCUGGUUGGCUGGCAGAGAAGUCUACAUGUGGUUGUGAAAUAUUUUGACUGACUGUGGUCACAGAAGCUCAGUCUGAGAGGAGCGGCGUGCUGUGAGUCAUAAUCUGAUGGUCAGGGUGUGUGUGUGUGUGUGUGUGUGUGUGUGUGUGUGUGUGUGUGUGUGUGUGUGUGUGUGUGUGUGUGUGUGUGUGUGUGUGUGUGUGUACAGAACCCAGAAAACCCAACCCCAGACCUUGUCCUGACUGUCGUUAUUCUGGCCUUCGGUGUUUUUGCAGGUGAAUCAGUGAGAAAAGAGGUUUUUGUGUGAAAAAAGGAUAAAUUUUCAGUCUCCUGUCGUGAAGUGUUCGUUAAAUUCAGACUCACGGUCAAACUCCAGCGUCUCCCACAGAUGUUUGAAAAAGUUGAAAUCAGUUUUUCUUGCAGACCAGGUAAGUUCUUCCCCAACAAAGUGGGAGCUUUUCUCCUCAGGGAUCUGGUCCAUCAUGUUGGAACAUGAAGAGGUUUUCCCCCCGAUGCUCAUAACGCGGUUUUGCAACGCGGUAAACCCACUGAAGGAUGAUGCAAUAAUCCUGAAUGUUGGUUAAACUCUGAGGUGAUGAAAUGAGGGAGUCAGGAUCAGGCUGCAUGUUUCUGUCUUCAGUCUGGUGCAAACUUAAGAAACUCAGCCGAUCGUUUGUCAGACUUGAUGCUCCAAAUGUUUUCAAUGAGGGACAAAUCCAGACCGUGUCAGUUCAGUUUCUUAUCAGGACUCUUCUCCUACAGAGCCAAACUGGUUCAGCAUCGUCUCUCUGAAACAUGAAGGUCUUCCUACUUUACCUCCAGCAUGUGUCUGGAUCAUGUCUGCUGUUAUAUUUUGAUUAAAUUAAUCGACUCAGAUCUAUAUUUUUGGAGGUUAUUCUGUCUGAGCCCAUGUGGUGAUUCCCAUUACAGAGUCAUGACAGUUUUAAUCCAGCGCUGUCUGCAGCUCAGGGCCGUCCUGACUUGAUUUUAGUCCUGACCAUCUUUACAGGAAGACGCUGGAUUAGCUUUAGAGGCUCAGACUGAGGAUGGGGAUGGGUGUCGUGUCUGUGCCAGAUUUCUGACUCAUGUCGCUGCAGGUCUUUGAGUCCACCUCAGCCUCAUCUCUACUCUGAAAAUGUCUGGACUUGAACCUGGAGUUUUUAGUCUCCAGCUUCACGCCGACCUGAACCUGGAGAGCCGAGAAACUCUUCUUAGUGAGUUUUUCUUCCCUUUUCUUUCCUCCUGACCAAAUAACACAUCUGUGACUGAAACUCCUGUCAGGACUUGACUGGAGCAACCCACAUACAGCCACGGGGUAAUGGGACACACACACACACACACACACACACACACACACUACAUUCCACAGCUGUAGACCAGCAGAUUAGAAACUCGUGCUCUGAUUUCUUAAAAUGCGGCGAAACACGCUCACUCCUUCAUGUCAAUGUGUCGAGCAGAUUUUGUUUUCGUUUGUUCAAAGAAAAUCGAGAUCCGAUCGUUUCCUCAAGAAAAACGAAGCAGCGAUUCCUGCAGAGGAAGAAAAACGGCCGUAGAGGAAACACAGAAACACACAGGAGCGCUUUAGAGUUCAAAACCAGAUGAGAGGAGUUUCUGUUUCUGCUCCUGGAUGUCACGUCUAAAUGUGAACACAUGAAGCAAAAUACGCAGAUUUUGGCGCCCCCUGUGGACAAACCAGUUCUUGUUUCACUUUGUCCUUAAAGGAGGAGACAGGUGUGUGUAUCAGGGCCGCACGAUCAAUAGAUAUUAAAUCCUAAUCUGGUUAUUUAAUUAUGACGAUGUUAAAAAAAUUAAAAUCGUCAAAUCGAUUUCUGCUCUACCGUCUCUCGCACCUCCAGGCCACCGUAGGCUCCUCCUUCCUGCGGGAGUGCUCCGCAGUUCCCACACACACCAGAGUAAACAAACAUGGCGUUUGCAAAAGACGGUGAUAAUUUCGUGGUUAAAUCGGACAAGAGCGAGUCAGUCGUGUUGAAUUGGUACGACUUCACAGUUUCAGAUGAAGAGUAAACCACUCCCCGCUGCAAAGUCUGUCUGAAGGCGGUAUCAACCCGUCACCAUGGAAACGAAUUCAGGAGGAAACGCUCAAGUUUUUUGUCGUAUCGGCGUGUCAUCCACACAGAAACAGCGUUUCGGGUGACUGAUUUUUUGGGGCUGAUACUGAUUAGUGGGGGGGGGGGGGAUUUGAUUACUGAUUGAUCAGCUGUUUUUUAAAUUUUUUUAUUAAGUUAUAAAAAUAUAUAUAUUUACUGUAGAUAUACUGUAGACUAAUUGGCCGAUUACCGAUUAGUCUCAAACAGGCUAAAAUUGGCCGAUUUAAUCGGCUCGUCGAUAAAUCAUUCAGGUCCUACUGUAAACGGUUCUUUUUGAAAACGGGUCAGAGAGUGAAUAAAUCUGUAAACGACGACCAUUUCAUCUCCGUGUGGAUGUCUAUCUGCAUCUCUGGAAACGAUCAUGUGACACACAGAGUAACUCUUUUAUGGCGCCAAAACGACCUUUAUAAAACAUGCUCUGUACUCUUCUUCUGUCUUUUGUGCAUUUCCUGUGCAACGUUACAGCGCCACUUACUGGCUUGGCAUAUGAACUACAUCAUUUUCAGUGGUUUCAUUUUGAGAGAUGAUAGAAAAACUUUUUUAUUAUUAAAUUAAAGUUUGAUGAAGUCGUCACUAAAUAAAAAAUCAAAAUCAAAACUCUGGUUUUAUUUUUGGCCAUAAUUGUGCAUUUGAAGAGAUUAAUUUUGCACCAUAAUCCACGCAGCUGCACAUUUUUAUUGAUCACCACCUCAAACAAAGACAAUGAAAUAUUGAUAAUAACAGUAACUGAAGCUCUAACACAGCCUCUAUCUGCACUCAUGAACUCCUGUCAGAGCAUCACUCUGCAGGUUCCUCCUGUUUUUUAUUUUACUGUUUACACACAAACACAAACACACACACACACUAACCUGCAGUCACAUCUGUCCAACACCUGAUCCAGAACAUCUCCAGACUCUUUCAACUGGAAACAGAUUUUUUUUUGACUGAUUGGAUCUAGAGAGAAGAUUUUCUGCUGCUCACAAACAUGACCUGAAGUGACCUCUGUCCUUAGUGAAGGGUUACAGUCUGUAUCCUGGUUAACUUCCCGCCUCCUUUAAAGAUCUGAGUUCAGUUUAAAUGUGCAGUCAGGAACCAUUUAACACACCAUUUCCCCAGAACACUCAGCGACAGAAUUGCACGCUUGUGCGAUAAAAAUAAUGUCAUAAUUUGGAGGUUAGGGUUCCUCUUGAGUCGUCGAGGCGAGCAGCCACAGCGUGUGUAUACGCUCUGCCAGGACAGAAGUUCAACACAUGGAUGGAGAAAGAUUAUACACAGGAUCAUCCAAGUUAGUAAAAAAAAAACCUCUGCAGAGUCCAAACGCUCGGAGAGUUCAAGGACUGUCAAUUUUAUUCUUUCCAUGUGAGAGUUUUUCACAGAAGUGGACUCCAGGCUCCUGCAAGAAUCCAGUUCUGGUGAAUUAGAUCAGGGUCUGAAAACAGGUUUUAAUGGGAGUUAGGGGGACGUCAUUUUCUCACAAGGUCACAGCUGGAUUCAUGUGUGUUGAUGUUGUUUGACAAAAGUUUAUAAAACAGAUCAGUCUGAUGUCUGUGGAGUAACUGUGGUCAAAUACACACAGUUUAUUAUAGACGAGUGAAGGCUGAGCCAGCAGACCACAAACGUAACAGCGACUGAGAGACGGUGUUAUGGUUCGAAAGGUUACCAUGCUAACUGCUGACUCUGACCCCAAAAUAUCCAGAUGUUUCAGACAUUCACAGCCCGGUGUUUUGGUUGAAUUAGUUACCCUCUUAGUUGUGGACCCUGAGCCAACAUUUCCCAGAUGUUUCAGGUGUUUUGGUUGAAUUGGUUACCCUGUAAACUGCGGUGUGGUUGUAGUGACAGAUGUUUCCUGUCACAGUCAUUGGUCAGACUCUCAGCAGACUCUCCCCGGUGUCUCUGAGUCCACGGUUCUCUCUGUGACAGUGAUCUAGUCUCUCUGAAACCUUUCCCUCUCUGUCCUCAGGCCUUGGCAUCACAUCGAGCUUAUCUGCUGACAGCGCGGGUCCCUUCAAAGGUCAGUCCAUCUGUGAUUUUAAAGCUUUUUCAUAUUUUUUCAUGUUAUCUCUCUCUCUUCCUCUCUCUUCCUCUCUCUCUCUCUCUCUGUUUCUGCAUCUGCUCUUCAUCAUCAUUCCUUCACUCCUCACCCAGAACAGAAUGUUUCUCCUGCAUUUGCACCGUCUCCUUCCUCCUCCUCCUCCUCCUCCUCCUCUUUGGUGAUUACAGACGUGCUGCUGCUCGUUUCUUUUUUGGCCUCAUUUUAAAUUCGACUCUGACGAGGUUUUCGACGAGUCCUGACACAUUCCCAAAGUCAGACACAAACAUCUCCACGCAGGUAGAAUCAGGUGAAUAACCCGCUGACAGUACAGCUCUUUGAAACAUCUCACCGUUUCAUUCAUGGCACCAAGUUUGGUAGAGAUGUGGAAGGUUCGAGUGAAAUACUUUCAUCUCUGUGCAGCAGAGUGGAGAUGCAAAACAAGAGCAAACUGCACCGAGCUGCAGAACUCUCUGUGAACGAGUGGGUUUGAAUAUCACUGAGAUGGUGGUGAGCAGAUGAAGUCCAGUCCUCGGUGGUUUCAGUCAGAGCGUUUACAGUCACAGUUUAAUCCGACUAAACUCAGAAUUCAUUAAUUUUUCUCUGAAUCAGACUUCUCUCCUCGUCCUCGUUUACAUGCAGCUGAGAAAAUCAAAUUAUUGACGUGAACGUGUCCUCCUCCCCAACACUAGGGGGCGAUAUGGGUCUUUUCAGCGGCGCUGUUUACGAUAGGCGAUAAUUAGGUACUGAGUGUCCAGAGAUGGUGCCUGUGAAGAACGUGAAAAUCCAGUUAGGACUGAAGAGGGUUUAGAUAAUAACCAUAAAUCUACUGUUGAGUGUCUCUGAGUUUGUGUCUUUGUUUUCACACUGAUGAGGACCUGAGUUCGUGUUGUUGGAGCGGUCUCUAAGACACUCUUUGUUUGUCUUUCAGAGCUCGAACUGCUCCUUUAUUUCUCAUGAAGACAAGUCCUCCACUUCUUCCUCGUUUUACUGUCAGACUUGAUUUCUAGUCUCUCUCUCUCUCUCUCUCUCUCUCUCUCUCUCUCUCUCUCUCUCUCUCUCUCUCUCUCUCUCUCUCUCCCCUCCCUCCCCUCUCUCUACGUUUUUCUUCUCCAUAUGUAGACACCCGAUAGUUUUACCCACAAUGCAGCUGUGAGAACUCGGCCUGUGGGAAAGAAAAACAGAGAGAGGAAGAAAAGUUCAACCUUGAGGGCGAGAGACGCAGUCAGAGACAAAAACAUGCUGCGGAUAAAAGGAGCCGAGGUUUAUUCCAGGAAACGUGAUUUUCAAAAUAAAAGACUUGAUCCUGGUUUUAAAGGACGGUGUCGGAUUUCUGGAUGAGUCUCUAUUCUCAGUGUAAAGAAAAGUUCACGUCUCCUCAGGUCAGUCAGUGAAAAAGAGAAGUGGAAACAGAGUUCACAAACCGACCUCUCAGAGCGGACGACCUGAAACCUGUGCUGCAUGUUGACACUGAAACUGUCGCAGUUUCAUCAAACUUUAUCCAAACUGUUUCUGCAAUUCAGGAAAAUCCAAGUGAUGAACUUUGAUUCAUCAACCAAUCAGAAACCACGCUGACUACACUCAGGUCUGACUUUAUAUGACUGUUUACCUCCAGAGAGAAAUUAAAUCUGAGUUAGUGAGUUUCCUCUGCUCAGAUUUACAAACUCUGACCGUUUCUGACAUGAAGACUCUGGAACAGCCGCUCUGACAGAUAACAACCUCAAAUCAGAUCUGCCAGCUGACCUCUGAUCUGUUGUUCCAGAGUGAGCCAGUGGUUUCUCUAACUCUCUAUCUGUGUGUGUGUGUGUAUGUGUGUGUGUGUGUGUGUGUUAAAGUGUGUAUAUAUGUGUGUGUGUGUGGGAGAGAGAGGGUGAACAGAGGGUGGUUUGUUCCUCGGCGUACACUGUGCCGGCAGAGAGAGAAAAAAAGACAAUGGAGGAAUUUAACAGCUGGCAAGGAAAGGGAGGGAGGGGGAACUCUCUCUCUCUCUCUCUCUCUCUCUCUCUCUCUCUCUCUCUCUCUCUCUCUCUCUCUCUGCCUCUUUUCCGUCCUUCAUACUCAUUUAUUUGUUGAUCUUGUUCUAAUUUUUACUUUCUUUUUCACUCUUCCUCCCCUGUUGCUCCCCCCUCUCUCCCCCUCUCUCUCUCUCUCUCUCUCUCUCUCCCUCUCUUUUAUUUUUGGUCUCUCUCCCUCUCCCUCUCCCUCUCUCCCUCUCCUUCUCUCCCUCUCUCUCUCUCUACUCUCUCUCUCUCUCUCUCUCUCUCUCUCUCUCUCUCUCUCUCUCUCUCUCUCUCUCUCGAUGUGAGGGUUAAUUUUUAUUUUAGGUUUCUCUCUCUGCCUCUUUUUCUUCUUCCAUACUCAUUUAUUUGUUGAUCUUGUUCUUAUUUUUACUUUCUUUUUCACUCUUCCUCCCCAGUUGCUCCCUCUCUCUCUCUCUCUCUCUCUGUCUCUCUCUCUCCCUCCCUCUCUUUUAUUUUUGGUCUCUCUCCCUCUGGACCCAAAUGUGUGAGACGGUGACUUUUCUCCAGACAUUUGUUCUGCAGAAUUUCUGAAGUCGCUGUUUUUUCACUCCCAGAGUCUCGGUGAAGUUUCCUCUCCCCGAAGUUUCUUCCAGUCGUUUUUGUUUUAUUCUCUUGGUCCAGAUUCUCCGUGUUUUAUCGGCUCAGAGUUCUGAUGAACUCUGUUUGUAGUCUUUAUGACGGUUUAUGAAGAAACAUGUUUUCCCGCCUUUACUGCUGCAGUCUAGAAACCGUGAGAACAGGUGGACACUCAGGCUGUUUGACCCCUAAUAACCCCGACAGUCCAGUUUGUGUGUCAGCGUCAGGUCGACACUGAGGCCUGAUGGUGUCAACAAAACCUGCAGAAAUAAAGAAAGAGAGGAAAUAGAGUAAAGAGAGAGAGAGAGAGUCACUCUGUCAUAGAAACCCUCAUGAAGCAGAUUUCACAAAGAUCUUAGUUCAGUCUCUGGUCCAAACUGACUUUACCGACCCGGGUUCGACUGGUUUCUGUUAGUUUCCUGUCCUCGUGUUUGUGGAUGAAAACAUCAGAUCCUGAUUUCAGGAAGCCCAGGUUUGGAGAAACCAGACUUUGUCUCCUGGAGACCUGCGAAGGGAAACUGGAUCCUGUGUCGUGUUUGUGUCAGACGGACUUCACUCCCUCUUCUGUGGAGAAGGAUUUACUGAUGAGGCCGAGCUGCUCGAGUUUCCAUGACAGUCUGGAGUGUCUGAUGUUCAUCGUUUGUUAUUCUCGCGUGUUUGUGAAUCACCUGAUUUAUUUUGGGCUCCAGAAUAAGAGACAGAUUUAAAUCCGUCUGUCUGGGAAAAACCCUGGAGUUCUCCGGACGAGGCGGGUUUUCCUGGGAAGAGAACAGGAAGUCCUCCUCUGGGACGUGUAACUUUGAAUCUGUGAUGUUUUAAUGCAGCUGACUGUUUGUUUUCCAGAGGAGAUGAAGUCAUGUUUGGGUCUUUGAGUUUGACCGUCUCCUCCUCCUCCUCCUCGUCUUGUUGCAGGUCGAACACUCCUUCAGUUACCUGGACAUCCAGGGGGUCAGCAGCAACAAGCCCACUCAGGUACGAGCGCAGCGCUCAGCAGACAUGUGGGUCCUCUGCAGACCUCCAGGUUCAGACCAGCAGAGUCUUCAGGUCUGACCAGGAUCAUCAUGUAAACGUCUUGAACCCUUUCUCUCUCUGCAGUUGGUGUUGGAGUCGGAGCGCGGACCAUGGAGCCUCCGUUUAGGUUCGGUGGAGGAGGUGGACGAGGUGAUCGCUCACAUCGGCAGCUGUGUGCACCGGAUCUGUCCUGCUGGGUCUCCUGUGUAAGUACCAGAGAAGUAGUCCUGAAGUCCAGGACUUGGACUCUCAGGAUCUUUUAAGAACCUGUUUCUGACCCCUGUCCUUCUUUUCUCUCUGUAAGGAAGAAAGGUGAUGAAGAAGUUGAGUCUGAAGCCUCCAGAGAGGACGGCGGCUCUUCAGAGCGUCUGGGACGAACAGAGCUCAGCGGAUCUGGGACCCUGCGGUAAAUCAGACUCUGAAGGGUUAAAAAUCUUCACGAUGAGGAGGAGGAGGUUCUGAAAGUCGGUGUUUUGACUCUUUCAGGAGGUUUCUCCCAUCAGUACUGGUGUGUUUGUGAUCACCUGGGGCUGCCGUACAGAGAGGAAGUCCAGUGGGUCGGUCCGGACGAUAUUUUACUCCCUCUUGUGUUUUUUGUUUCCUGCUUCUUGAUUUCCUCUUUUCUGUUUUUUUAUCAGCAGAUAUUUUCUUCUGCAGCUCCUCCGUCAUCAGCUGAUUUUCCUGUUUUUCUUCUUUUCUUCGUUUAUAAAGAGCGAUGAAUUCUGAUUCUGUGUCGGUUUGUUUUCACGUCUUUUUCUUCUUUCCCGUCGUCACCUUCGCCUCCCUCCUCCAGGAUGUGGACACCAUCUAUCUCACUCAGGACACCCGAGAGCUCAACCUGCAGGACUUUGUCCACCUGGAGAACAGGUACGGUCUGAACAGAGCUCGGUGUCGUGGUUAAAAAAUGCUGAUUUUAGCGCUGAUGUUGCUGCGUGUGUUUCUCCUCCCCCUGCAGAGACCUGGUGGCGAUCAUCGCGGCUCUGGAGUACAACCAGUGGUUCACCAAACUGUCCACUAAAGACUACAAACUGGUAACUCCGACUUCCUGUGUUUUGAAAUGAAACCGUCACGAUCAUGAGGAGGUUUGAGUUUCACGUCUGUGUCUCCGCCCUCCAGUCCACGGAUGUCUGCGAUCAGAUCCUCCGAGUCGUCGCUCGAUCCAGUCGGCUGGAGGAGCUGGUUCUGGACAACGCCGGACUGAAGGGGGACUUCGCUCAGAAACUGGCGGUCGCUCUGUCACAUAACCCCGCCUCCACGCUGCACACGCUCAACCUGAGUAACAACUCGCUGGAGGACAAAGGUCAGAGCGAACGCACGCAGAUCCACGGAAACGUCUCAUCAUGUCAGAUGGUCCUGCUGUUACUGCCCCCAGGUGGCCGAGCCGCAGCCUCUCACCUCCUCUGACUCUUUGUUUCCUCCUUCAGGUGUUUCUGCUCUCGGCGCUCAGCUUGCCAAGCUGCCCAUGGGUCUGAAGCACCUGAACCUCUCCAGGACCUCCAUGUCCCCCAAAGGUGCGUCCGCCUGAAGAGACGAUGAUGUCAGACCUCAGCGUCGUUGUCGUUCGCUCUCACUCUUUUCACUUUUGUGUGUCUCUGCAGGAGUAAACACACUCUGUCAGGCUCUCUGCAACAAUCCCGCCGUCGCCGCCGCCCUCACGCACCUGGACCUGUCGGGGAACUCGCUCAGAGGAGACGACCUGCCGGUACAGAGUCCUGGUUUCAGGUCUUUCUGAAGGUUUUGAACCACAGCUGCAGUUUCUGAUUGUCGUUUUCUUCUCACUCAGAACCUCCACAGCUUUUUAAGUCACUCAAACAUCCUGGAGACUCUGGAUCUGUCCAACAGCGACUGCUCUCUGGAGCAGGUAACAACGUCAGACUUUGACAUAGAUCACUUUACAACGUUGAACACUCGUAACUUUUAACCUUGAGCCUUUCUUCUUCUUCUUCUUUUUUCAGGUGUGUGCGUCUCUGCUCCGAGGAUCUCUGAAGCAUCUUUGCGUCCUCAACAUGUCAAAGACCGUCUUCUCCCACAGGUCAGAGAAAACUAACCUUUACAACAUUCAUCACUGCUUUACAGCCACAGCUGAGGAUGUCAGGAUGAAUUCUGUCUUUUUUAAAGUGUGUAACUCUGAUCUAACUUGUAGAUAUUGAGUCUAAAUUAAAUGUUUUUUCAGUCUUUUUUCCUGAUUUGAUCUGGUUUGCGUCCACAUUCACUCAGGAAGUGUAAGGAGAUGCCGCCGUCCUUUAAGCAGUUCUUCAGCAGCGCUCAGUCUCUGAACUCCGUCAGUCUGUCAGGAACCAAGCUGCCGCUGGAGGCUCUGAAGUGAGAAAACAAAAACACUGAGACUCAUUUCAUUUUUUAUUUUGAUAACUCAUUUUAGUUUUUUUUUUUAAUAACUCAUUUUAAUUAAAUCGGCUUUAUUAUUUAUUCAUUUUAUUAUUAAUGUCACUUAUUAUGUCUAAUUUUAUUUUUUUAUUUUUUUAACUUUCAUGAUUUACAUUUAAUAAUUCAUUUUAAUUUAAGCUGUUUGAUUUUUUAUUCAUUGAUUUAUUUUCAAUGUCAUAUUUUUUUCAUUUUAUUUAUUCGUAUUUUUAUUUCAUAUAUUUAACUUAAAAACUCAAUUUAAUUAAAUCUGUUCAAUUUCAUAUUCAUUGAUUUAUUUUUAUGUCACAAAUUUUACCUACUUUUAUUAAUUUAUUUUUUUAUGACAUUUAUUACUUUUAAUAACUCAUUUUAAUUUGAUUUAAUCUGUUUUAUUUUUUAUUAAUUGAUUUAUUUUUUGAUUUCUUGAGUUUAUCUAAUUAAAGUGUUUUUUAAUUUUUUUAUUAUAUAUAUUAAAUUUAAUAUCUCAUUUUAAUUUAUUUGAUUUUUAGUUCAUUUUAUCAAAUGUAUUAUGGUGUAGAUUUUUAUUUUUAUUAAAUAACAUUAAUUAAUUAAAUUUUUUUUUUUUUUAAUUUUCACAUUUAUUCGUUGUUCUUUCUGUGAAAUCUCGACCUUCAGAGGAUUGUUGCUGGGCCUCGGCUGUAACCCGAACCUGAGUGACGUGUCUCUGGAUCUCAGCAGCUGUGAGGUGAGACUUGAACCACACGUCCUCUUGAAUAAACUCUCUGUGAACUUCUUUUAACACAAAAACUGAAAAUGUGUUUUUUCCUCGGUCAGCUGCGCUCAGGAGGGUCUCAGAUCCUGGAGGGCUGCAUCGCUGAGAUCCCCAACAUCACCAGUCUGGACAUUUCAGACAACAGUGAGGGAGUUUCUCUCUUUUAGGACACGGCUGUGGAGUCCGUUAUCACGCUCACCUGAUUGUUGUGAUUGUUUGUUCAGGUCUGGACAUGGAUCUGACCACCCUGCUGGUCUGGCUGGCCAAGAACCGCUCCAUCAGACACCUCUCCCUGGGAAAAAACUUCAACAACAUCAAGUCCAAGUGGGUGAAAUCAAUCACAGCAAACAGGUUUGAGAAUCUCAGUCCAGCUGAAGGAAUAAAUCUUAUCCUGUUGAACAGAAACGUGGCUCCGGUCCUGGACAACCUGGUCCACAUGAUCCAGGAGGAGGAUUCAGUGAGUUUAACCUGAUAAAAACCGUCCUCUCUCAGGAGUUCAUGUCUGAAUAACUUUUUCAGGUUUAUUAAUCGAUCAAUAAUCAAUAAUCCUCCUCUUCCAGCCGCUGAUCUCUCUGUCUCUGGCGGACUCCAAACUGAAGGCCGACCUCUCCAUCGUCCUCAACGCUCUGGGCAGCAACACGUCUCUGACCAAACUGGACAUCAGCGGGAACUCCAUGGGGGACAUGGGGGCCAAGAUGCUGGCCAAGGCCCUGCAGAUCAACACCAAACUCAGGUGAGCGGAGACACUUUGGAACAGACCAACAACUUCUUCUUCUGUUUUUGGGUUAUAUUUGUGUCGUGCAGCUUCAGCUCAGACUCAAAGACGGUCUGGAAGAAUAAAAAGCGAAAUUAAGUGACAAACAAAUCUUGAAUCCAGUCUCCAUGUUUGUCUGAACCUCCUUCUUCUUCUUCUUCUUCUGCAGGACGAUCGUGUGGGACAGAAACAACGUCAGCCCUCAGGGUCUGCAGGACGUCGCUGCUGCUCUGGAGAAGUACGAUGGAGGCGCUCAGAGUCCAGAUCCAGAUCUUCAAACCACCAAAGAGGACUGAUGUGAUCAUUUCCUGUUUUUGUUUCUCCUCCUGGUUAGAAACUACACCAUCCGCUUCAUGCCUGUCCCCAUCAUGGACGCCGCUCAGGCUCUGAAGGCGAGCCCGGAGAAAACCGAAGACGCCUUACUGAAGGUCGCCGUCCUCUGAACGUUCUCCUCCGUGUUCACCUCGAACUCUGAAUUUAUUUAUUGUCCUUUUUUGUGUGUUUGUCUGCAGAUGGAGCAGUACCUGCUGAGGAACCACGAGACACGCAAAUACCUGCAGGAGCAGGCGUACAGGCUGCAGCAGGGGAUCGUCACCACCACCACACAACAGGCACGCACAACAACAACAACAACAACAACAACACACACACACACACACACACACACAUGUACACACAGGAUCAGACUCUAGUCUAAACUCUAAAUUCAGUUUUUGAAUAUCAAAGUUCUUUUCUUCUCUGAGUCUCUGUGUGUGUCUGAGUGAUUAAUGAAGUCAGAGCGCCCUCUGCUGGACGCCCUCAGUACUGCUCAGUUUAAGGACAGUUAGAGGUGUUAAAGGGAUCUGAGUUAGUUCCAGUUUUUAGGAGAAAUCUUGAAUGUAAACUCUACCCCUCCAACCAGUUUUCCCCUCAGCUCCUCCUCUCCCCUCAAGCCCCGCCCACAAACAGACACUCCUGCUCGCUCGUAUCGUUCCAAUUAAAUUCAGAUAUAAUGCAGAUAAAUACUUCAGAUCAUUACAAAUGGGGCCCAGUCAAGGUGAAAGUCAAAAGCAUUGGUGCUACUGUAGAUGAACUGAAGCGUCUGGUGUGUGUGUGUGUGUGUGUGUGUGUGUGUGUGCGCGUGUGUGUGUGUGUUUGUGUGUGUGUUGUUCUCACUCUCCUCACACUCACCCUCUGACCUCUGACCUCUGCAGAUGAUGGACAUGAUGUGUGUGAAGGUCCAGGACCACGUGAACUCCCUGAGGUUCACAGAGACUAACUCGGUCCAGGAGGACAUGAAGGUGGCGGAGAACCUCAUGAAAGACGCUCGAAACUCCAAAACGGUAAGAAGACGUGAUCCACCGAUACGACGCUCAGAGCGCCGAGUUUUCAGACGUGUUUCAUCGUUUUUGUCGUUUUUCACUCCAGCUGCUCCCGAACCUCUACCACCUGAAGAGCGGGGGGUCCAGAGGAGCCUGUGUGGGCGCCAUCCAGGACAAACUGGAGUCCAUGGCUGGAGAAGUCGCCCGGGUGAUGGACGAGCAGCUGCAGGUAUGGAGCCGCCGUUUCUGUCCGCCGUGAUGUUUGUGGUUUUACAGACUGAUGUUUCCUCAAACUCUGAUCUCCUCAGACGAUGCUGGUGUCGAUGGUGGACGCCGCCGAAGGUCUGUGUCCUCACGUGAUGAAGAGGAGCGGCCUUCGACAGGAGCUGCUGAAGGUGGGAGGAGGGAGGAUGACCAUCCCUCGCAGCUUCGUCACGACCACGCUGCUGGAGCAGUCCGGGGUGGACAUCAUCAACAAGAUCAGGUCUGGUCUGAGUUUGAAGUUCUCCUCUGACAGAGAGAGCGCCAGGUUUUACUAAACCAGGAUCUUCUGUGUUGUCGUCGUUUUCUUCGUGUCCCACAGUGAGGUGAAGCUCAGCAUGGCGUCUUUCCUCUCCGACCGCAUCGUGGACGAGAUCCUGGAGUCCCUGUCCAGGUCACAGCACACCCUGGUCAGUGUCCUCCUCCUCUUCCUCCUCCUCCUCUUCCGUGUCUUUCUCUGUGUUUUCAAUGUCCUCUGAUCCGUCCCUCUCUCUUCCCUCGUGUCGUCCUCAGACGGAUCACCUGGUCAGGAAGGCUCAGCCUCUGCUGCGUCAGGAGCCUCAGAUGGAGGCUGAAGUUCUGGAUGAGGAGGUUUUGCAGCCGGAGAACCAGAACCAGGAGCAGAAACUGAACCACGAGCUGGAGGAGAUGGACACGUGCACGGUUAGACAACAACAGAACAAGAUCUUCUGUAGACCCUCAGCUCUGACAAACCUGCACAUUUCCUCUUUCAUGGAUGAAUUUCCCCUUUUUUCUGGACUAGAUGACCCCGAAAUCCAAGAGGAAGAGCAUCCUGGUCCGGAUGCUGCGUCCCGUCUCUGUGGCUUUCGGUGAGUGUGAAAACCAUCAGCUGAUCAAACAUCUUGAUUUCAGAUGUCCUGUGAGUCGGUUACCGUCUCAUUUCACUCGUAAAGCGGACCUUUGUUCAGAAACAUCACCUCCUCUCUUCUUUUCAUCCCGCAGAGAUGGAGUUCGACCUGGACAAAGCUCUAGAGGAGGUUCCUAUCCACGUGGAGGACCCUCUUCCUCCUCCUCCUCCUCCUCCUCCUGCUUCCUCAAAGCCAAUAGACAGGAUGUCUUCGUUCUACGGAGACCUCCCUCCUCCUCCGACCCCCGUAGAUCCAUCAGCCGUCCCUCUUGCGGAGCUGCCGCCCGCCGAGCACAAGACUCUGGAGCAUCGGACCAAAUUCAGACCGAAACCAAAGAAGAGGACCAAACCCAGCAGACCACAUGUGGGUUUCUGUCCGAGAGUCAUCUCUCCGUCUCCUUCCUGGACGUCGAACUCACUCUUCUGACUUUAUCUUUCAGCGAAAGGCGGCGACCGGCGGAUCGGCGUCAGAGGGCGCCGAGCAGAGUAGCGUCAUGGAAAGGCUUGAUGAAGGCCUGGACGAUUUCUUCUACAAGAAAGUCACAAAACUGAGCUUCAAGUAAGAGUCAGGACCUGAAGAGAGACGAGGAGUUUAGUUUUCAUCGUUUCAUGUAGAAAUGAACUAGAAAAUCAGAGCAGAGUGUCAUCGACAUGAAGAAGAAACCCAGAGUCUGAAAACCUCUGAGGUUCAGGACAUUUAGAUUCAACUGUUUCCAUAUUUGUCAACCUUUUCAUCUGAAGUCUUUUAGUUUUGGAAAAUGUUUUUUGAAAUCUGCUAAAUAGAUCAGAGUGUCAUCGACGUGAAGAAGUUAGAAGAAGAAGAAGAAGAAGAAGAACUUUGUUGAAACUCCAUGAUCUGUUGUCUCAUUUGUCAUGUCAUCUAAAAGACAUCUACUAUUUACAGCAGAUAAAAUAACAUAAAAAUAAUAAAGUACAAAAAUUAAAGUAGUUUCAUCACUUAUAAAUAAAUGAUAAAAAUUUAAUAUAAAAAUUUUAUUACAUAAAAUAAUAAUAAAAAACUUUAAGAUAAAAUAACUCGAUGCUUUCAGGAUAUAAAACAAGAUAUUUGCCUCACAAAAAAAUCUUUCCAGAAAAACCUUGAGGACCAAAUAUUGACUUUAAAAGUUUUUACUUGAACUGAUUAUUGAUUAUUGAUUUUUCCAGACUCUCCAGUAUCCGAGGUCUGUCCUCAAACACUCAGGACGCCACAGACAAGAAACGGGAGUCCAGGAAAAGCGGAUUCUUCAACCUCCUCAAAAACCGGACCUCACGCUCCGAGAAGAGCCAAGGAGCCGCCUCCAUCAAUCCGCCUCUCCCUGUCUCCCCCAACUCACCUCCACCCGCUUCCUCCAUAAGCCCUGUGAGCGAGGAGACGCCCCCGACGUCCCCGACUCCCGGGACUGUGGUGGAACCCGGUCAGGAGCUCCACAGGGCUCAAUCCUCGGACCACCAGGACUCGGAGGCGGAACCUGCCCCUGAACCUGCCGAGGAGCAGGGAGAGGAGAACACGGAGGAGGAGAACUUGGAGGAGAACCAGGAGAAUGAGAACGCAGAGAAGAAGGAGAACCCGCACGUGCUCCGCCAUAUCGGCGUCCCAGUGAUGGGGAUGGACCUGAUGGCUGAGAUGAAGGCGAGACAGGAGAGGAUGGCGGCCAAGAAGGUGAGCGGAGAAUGAGAGAGGGAGUUUAACUCCAUCAUGGUGCUUCUAUUACAGAGUCUGGUCACUGUGAUGGUGGUAUAUAGAUCUAUACUGUAUAGAUUCUGACUGUUCUUAAAGUGACGGCAGAUCUGUGUCUGUGUCUCUGUUUUCAGUCGGAGUCUGUCUGCCUCUCCGAUAAGGUGGACGCUGACACAGGUGAGUCUGUUGGUUUAUGAAGUAUAGAUACUCUGUAUUUUUACAUAGAUUUCCCCCUCACUUAGUUUACUAUAGAACCUGAAUGUAGCCGAGCGUCUGUAGAUGUCAUGAGUCAGAGUGAUGAAUUCACCCUCUAUCCUGUCGUAGCAGCAGACACAGAUGAGUCCAAACCAGAACCAGCUCCCAGGUCCAAGCCUCCCAGUGUCACCCCUAAACCUCCCCCACCUCAGACCAGCAAACCACCUCUGGGGCCCCGCACAUCUGGACCCCUCAGUCCAACCAGUCCUACCAGUCCCAGACCGAGCAGCACCCUCAUCGGUAUCCUCUCUUGUGUUUUGCUGAGCAGUAGUUCGGUUUCUCUUUACGAGUUUUUGGUUUUUUGAGUGUUUUUUCUUCGUUCUCAGAUGACUCCUCUGAGUCGCCAGCAGGGAACUUGUCCCCCAAAGGACCACUUCCAGCUCCUCGCCUGAAGAGGGCGCCAUCAGAGCAGGAGAGAGAGAGCACCAGCAGCAGCUCUGCAGGACCCCUGUCUCCCCUGGAGGGUGGGUUAUCGGAUUUUAUGAUAAGCAUUUAAUACGUCAGUUCAUACACUCUGCUCUCUGAUUGGACGCUGCCCUCUGCAGGAACACAUGAGCAGUGCAGAGACAUCGCUGAAUUAAAACAAGUGUACACGAAUCACAGAAAUAUCCUUCUGUAGAGUUCAUUUGGAGCGUUUCUACAACUCUACACUUUUGACAAGUUCCUCAUCGAACCAGACGAGAAAAAAAUGUAACUAUCCCUUUAAAGCGUUCGGCCUCUUUGUUGAGGACACUUCGUUUCUCUCUCUCAGCGAUGAAACUGGAUGACUCAGAGCGUCGAUGAAAAUAGUCUGAACGUUUUUAAUGAAUGUUUUGCACACACACACACACACACACACACACACACACACACACACACACACACACACACACACACAGAGUUCAUCUGAGGCGAAGGUCCUGCCGCCUGCUCUCCAAAUGUCCGUGUGUGUGUGUGAUUUUGGAGUUAAGACACUUGACUCGUGUAAUUAACUCUGCGAGUAUUUUCUCUUGGAUCUGUGUAAUCAGAGGUUCUGUUUGAGGGGCGUGUUUCUAAAAUCAAGGAGACAGGAAUUAAAGGGCAUUUCCACCGUUUUCGACGCAUUUAUUACAUGCUGACAAACUGAGAAAGCUGAUUCAUGUUUUGAAGAGUGUUUUUUAGAUCUGCUGUAGUCACUCCUUUCAUAAAUAAUCAGAUUUAAUUAAAAAAACGUGUUUAAAUUUUCUCUUUAAAGUCAAACCUGCUGUUUUGUUUGAUUCCACACCAGGUAACAAACUCAUAAGUCAGACGAUCUUAAGUUCAUGUUUUUAAAGCUGUAAUUGUUUCUUAGUUUGACUUUUGUCCUCAUUUCUUUCUCUUCAGUCGAGUCUCCUCUGGACGGCGAUGCGUUCGAGUCCCCCAGUGCUGCCGGUGAACUCGGCGUCGGAGGAAGACAGUGGUCGUCCCUGAAGAGUUCAGCCAGUCCACCUGCUGCUGCGACGGAGGACGAGCGAGAGCGAGCCAAGUCCCUCCCCGCCUACGGUGGGUUUAACCACAGCUCUGUCCUUUAGUAACCCCCCCUCCUCAGUCUAACAGAAACAACAACUCCACAUUAAAACGUCUGCUCUGUUUUCCUCUGGAUUUAUCGUGGACUCGACUCCAGUCAGAUUUGAAAAUGAAGCAAUUCUCCUUUAAAAAAGUUUCUGAUUGAUUUGAUUAAACCUGAUUUCCUGAUUUUUGUGUUUCAGCGAGCCCCCCGUCUCCAGCAGACCCAGAUCUCAGCCCGGCUGAAGAGGAGACGACGUCUUCUGCUGAUGAUCUGAAAUCUGACCCCAAAUCAGAGGACGAGUCUGACGAGACUGCUUCAGUCUGAGACCAACAACAACAACGUUCAUAUUUCUCUCCUUCUUUGAGAAACUGAGGAAACCAACAACCUUCAGACUCUUCUCUGAGGAGAUCCCCUCACCUGUCUCUGACUGUGAUUUUCCACUGACCAAACAAACACUAAAACAGCUUUAAAAGAACUUAAAGAGAGGAAGCAGAGGAGUUUUAGGGAGUUCAGAAGAUCUGAGCUGAGUCUGAGAGUCCCAGCAGGUCCAGACUGAAGCGGUUUUACUGGAUCUCAGAUCUGCAGGUAAACUAAAGCCAGUAAAUCAGAGAGAAUUUUACAUCUAUGAAUAAAUGCCAAAAUAAGCAUCAGCUGGUCACUUAAAAAAAACACAGAAACCAAAGAGAGUUUGUGAUUCUUCAACCCCCCCAAAAAAAAAAAAAAUAAGUACAUUUGUAAAACUAAUAAAGUGGUUCGCUGCAGAACAUUUCAUUUAGUUUUGAGGAUAUUAGAGGAGUUAAAAGGUACAUAAAGUCUAAUGUAAACGAGAAUUUAAGAUGAGAAUAUUGAAGCCAUGAGUUCAGUCAUGAAGUUCAUCAUCAAACAAAGAGGUGGAGCUGUGUAUGCAAUUAUGCAUAUUUAUUCAUAUUUUUACACCUUUUUAUUUCUUUAUGAAUAUUCUUCAAUAAUUCACCAUCCAUUAAGGGUGCCAGACUUUAAACAUGUUUAAAACAUCUCCUAAAAUAAACAUUUUAACAUGAGACUCAAUGGAGAAUCCUUUCAUUUUGAAGCCAGCCUCUAGUGGACACUGGAGGAACUGCAGCUCCAGGUGAAAAUGUUCAAGCUCAUUGAAAAACUGACGACACGUCUUUUCUGGAGUUUUGGCGUGAGUUCGAUGUCUCAGCGUCUUCAGCUUUAAUCGAGUAUCCGGUCUUUUAUUUUGAAAGUCUUCAUUGAUGAGUCUCGAUAAUUGAUGCUAGUUUAACUUCCUCCUCUUUGACAGUCAGACCAGGAAAUGUUCAUUACUCAUCGUUAACCAGACCGCUGAGUCCAUGUGGGACAAAUAUUUGAACUUUUACUGUUUUAGUUUUUUCUGUGGAUGUUCAUUUUUUCAAUUUUUGGUCCUCAGAUUCAUUUUCUGCAUGAAGCUCAUUUUUCACACUGCUGUUGAACCCUCACGUAUCACAGCUUAUCACACACUGAUGCCUGUCAUCCAUGUUGUGCUGCACUUACAGAUGUAUGAUUGUAAAUAUGUGAAUAUGGACUAACAUCCCUGCAGUUGUGUUUAUAAGAGAGAAACAGGGUUUAUUAUCGCAGUGAAAUGUUGUAAUCAGAGCAUGAAACAUGGAGUUGAAUCUAAAAUAAGAGGUGACGGUUUUUAUUUUACUGGGAAAUAUUUUUGUCUUUAUUUUUAAAGAAAAUCGGAUUGUUCAAAUAUUCCGUUUAUUAUUUGUUUUAUUGUUGAUGUGCCGAUGGACUGACGAUUCUGUCUGAUAUUUCUGUUUUUGUAUCUUUGUACCAAUAAAUCCUCUUUUACUGCUCAGA